GGGGUGCAAAUCCUAGUGCCAUACGAAACGUCGGAAGGGUGAACUCAUACGGAUCGCCUUAUUGUGCGGAGGAGGAAGGAGAUGCGACUCUCGCGUUCUGCUGCAUGCCCCCGCCCAGAAAGCGAAAGAGACAGAGAAAGAAAGAGAGAGGCAAACCUCCGCUACCAUGUUCAGAAAGUUACUGGCCAAUUUGCCCAAGUCCACCCUUCUCUCACCAUCUGCAGCAUCCAAGUCACGCCAAUCUUUAGAAGCGUUGCGCUUGAUUCCCUAUUUCACCAGGCCUCCAAUCCCUCAAUCUUCGUGGUUCAGCGAAGUUUCCUUUCGCUUCCUAAAUUAUCGAGGUUUUGCUACGGAAUCGGAUAGAGAAUCGCUUGAAUAUGACGUAGUAAUUGUCGGAGCAGGUCCUGCGGGGCUAUCGGCAGCAAUCCGCUUGAAACAGUUGUGCCAAGAAAAGAACAAGGACUUGUCAGUCUGCGUCUUGGAGAAGGGUGCUCAAGUUGGGGCUCAUAUCAUAUCUGGAAAUGUUUUUGAGCCUAGGGCCUUGGAUGAACUUCUCCCAAACUGGAAAGAAGAAGGGGCCCCAAUUGAAGUGCCUGUUUCUUCUGACAGGUUUUGUUUGUUGACUAAAGAUCAUGCUAUACAUCUGCCUUCUCCUUUCGAGAAUCAAGGGAAUUAUGUGAUAAGUUUGAGUCAGUUUGUGCACUGGUUGGGAAAGAAAGCCGAAGAUUUGGGCGUUGAGAUAUAUCCAGGUUUUGCUGCAAGUGAGGUUUUAUAUGAUGAAUGUCAUAAUGUUGUUGGAGUUGGAACUAAGGAUAUGGGUGUGGCCAAAGAUGGUUCCAAAAAGGAAAAUUUUCAGCGUGGUGUGGAAUUGAAAGGACGUAUAACAUUGCUUGCUGAAGGAUGCAGAGGUUCAUUGUCUGAGAAAGUAAUAAGGGAUCACAAACUGCGUGAUAAGCAGAAUGCGCAGCAUCCGACUUAUGCUUUGGGCAUCAAAGAGGUCUGGGAAAUUGAUGAAGAAAGGCAUUCGCCUGGAUCUGUUCUUCACACUGUAGGUUGGCCGUUGGAUCACAAGACAUAUGGGGGUUCAUUCCUGUAUCACAUGAAAGACAGGCAGGUCUCGAUUGGACUGGUUGUUGCUUUAGACUAUAAGAAUCCUUUCUUGAGUCCAUUUGAAGAAUUUCAGAAACUAAAGCAACAUCCUUCUAUCCGACCUUUAUUAGAAGGUGGAACUGUUCUUCAGUAUGGUGCUCGGACCUUAAAUGAAGGCGGAUUCCAGUCGGUUCCUUACCCUGUUUUCCCUGGAGGAGCACUUAUCGGAUGCUCAGCUGGCUUCUUAAAUGUUCCUAAAAUAAAGGGAACACAUACUGCCAUGAAAUCAGGAAUGCUUGCAGCAGAAGCAGCUUUUAGUACUCUCACUGAUGGAACUGAUAUGAAACUGUACUGGGAUAAUUUGAAGAAAUCUUGGAUCUGGAAAGAACUAUAUGCUGCGAGGAAUUAUCGCCCAGCAUUCAAGCGUGGCAUGAUUCCUGGACUGGCCAUUUCUGCCUUGGAACAUUAUGUUUUCAAGGGACAUUUGCCUCUCACAUUGAAGCAUGGAAAACCAGAUCAUGAAGCCAUCGAGCCUGCUGCUUCGCAUUCGCCAAUUGUCUAUGCAAAGCCAGAUGGCAUGGUGUCAUUUGAUGUUCUCACAUCUCUGUACAGGAGCAACACUAAUCAUGAGCACGACCAGCCUGUUCACCUUCACCUGAAGGAUCCAACAGUACCUGAGCUAAUAAAUUUGCCACAAUAUGCUGGACCAGAAUCACGAUACUGCCCUGCUCGUGUUUAUGAGUAUAUAGCGGAUGAUGCCGGAAAAUUGAAACUGCACAUGAAUGCUCAGAAUUGUCUUCAUUGCAAGGCAUGUGAUAUCAAGGACCCAAAGCAGAAUAUCGAGUGGACCGUCCCAGAAGGAGGUGGUGGCCCUGGAUACACGUUAAUGUGAUUUCUCUGUAAAGUGUUUAUGAAUUGAUUGAAACUAUUUAAAAAUGGAAAUCUGAUUAGUGUCUUUAUGUGA